CACACCUUGGAGCUAGAGAGAGAGAGAGAUGCAGCUUCUGAAACCAGCCCCGCGGAUCUAACUGCAGCUCCCUAGAGUCUCUCUCUCUCAGUCACUUCAAACCGCAGCCUGAUUCCAGUUCCGUAACAGUACAUUCCAGCUCCUGAAUAUCACUGGAAGCGGAGAAGAAGCGAGGGGGGUCGAGGGCUGAUGUAAAGCUUCACAUUGCCACAAACAGAAACGAAUCUGCGGCGCCAGACAUGGCCAAGUGGCUGAAGGACUAUUUGAGUUUCGGGAGCCGCCGGGUGCCUCCCCAGCCUCCUAAACCCGACUACAGCGAGAGUGAGAUCCUCAAGGCUUACCGAGCCCAGAGGAACUUGGACUUCGAGGACCCCUACGAGGAGAUUGAGGGCAGAGGCAGGGUCUCAGAGAACGAGCAUCCGCUCGGACUCUCCUCCCAGCACCAGAAGCCAGCCUCCCCCGACAUCAAGUAUGUUUCCCCCAAACACCGCCUCAUUAAAGUGGACAGCACCGACCUGGGCAGCAGGGCAAAAAUACUGGGCACAGAGGAGGCGAAGGGCAAGCCUGAGACUACUCUGGCUGAUGACGAUUAUUCCGACCCAUUUGAUAUCCGACAUGAAUCCAAAGGAGAAAUAAAUGACAAGGAAGAAGUUGAGAACAAUGGCUACAUGGAGCCAUAUGAAGCACAGAGAGUGAUAGCAGAGUUCCAGAGGAAAGGAGAGAAGAUACGCGGGAAGGGUCUCCAGCUCUAUGACACGCCCUAUGAGCCUCAGGAAAAUGACACUGAGUCGGAUGCCGAGAGUGCAGCCGGUCAGAAGAUACGGGAGAGCCGGCUUCCUCAAGAUGAUGAACGGCCUGCUGAUGAGUACGACCAGCCCUGGGAGUGGAAAAAGGACCACAUCUCGAAAGCAUUCGCAGUCCAGUUUGAUGGCUGCGAUUGGGACCGGUCAUCUCCUUCUUCCAAAGAUCGACUGAGGCAACAGAAACAGCUCAGCCCACUGGCAGCUGGGUCAAAAUACACCAAGCCACAGACUCCAGAACAUAGCUCUGCACUGCCCGAGAGGGUGGACCCUGCUCUACCUUUAGAGAAACAAGUGUGGUACCAUGGUGCUAUCAGCCGAGCAGAUGCUGAGAAUUUCUUAAUGUUGUGCAAGGAGUGCAGUUACCUGGUAAGGAACAGUGAGACCAGCCGGAAUGACUACUCCCUGUCACUGAGCGUUCUUCACUGCAGCAUCUAGAAAAUGAAUCUUCAAUUGCUGGUUAAUUCUGGCAUGUAGGCAGCCCUACUACCCAGUGGCCACCCCCCCCUGUUCUCCAUAAUAAUGGAAGAGGAGCAACAAAGAAAAGAAUUUAGAAGAAGGCAUCAUGGCACAAGACGGCAAACAUCUUUUUACACUUGCGCUGUUACCAUAUUGAUGUCUCUGGUGCAUGUUUUGCAUUGGUUUUUCAUUCUGACAUGAGCAAAUGAGCCUGCAGGAAAAUUUGGGAAUAAGUUCCUGUCGGCAAGAUUGGCAUAGAGCCCAGUCUAAAGAUUGGCGUAAUUUCAGCUUUGAGGAAAUUCUGGGUCACUAUCUAAUUCCUAUUGCACCAAUCCUAUGUUCAAGUCCCCUUGUGGGGCUAUAUCUUCCAUCUUCAUAAACUUAGGAAAUCUUCUCUGAUGGGAGUUAGGAGGGAGUCAGUCAGACUGUCACUUGUUCCUCUAAAUGGUUCCAUGGCAUGAUGCUAAAAGCAGUAAAGCCUGGUUGACCUGUUGGCUGCGGUCAGCCCAUGCGGCAAUUAGCUUCAGUGCUGCAAGGUGAGGUCAGGGUACCUGCUCACCAUGUCUAUUGGGUAAACUCAGCUGGGACAUGUGAGUUUCCAGAAUUCAGGUGAGGGCCAGAAUGCAUGAGGAGCUGACCAGACUCGGCUGUGCAACAUCCCUUUGAAUUGCUCCUCUGUAUGAGUCAGUGUGGUCAGGAUAGGGAAUAAAAUUAACAUCAAAAUAUUGAGCUCAACAAGCCCAUCCCUUCUCAGAGCCCCUCCCAAACUCUCCUCCCUCUAUUCACCCCCAAGGGUAAUAAUAACCCUUCAGGAUGACAUCAGUGCACUAAUGAGACAUGAAUUUGGGAAGGGAAGUGGGGAGGGUGUGAAUGUUUUGUUUAUUUUUAUUGAAGAAUUAAUGAUUAAAAGUGUACACUUGGGGGACUGUGUGCAGUCUAAUUACAUGCUGAAUUAUGGUGAUGCACAAUGAGUCAGCUUUGCUCCAACAUUUGACGUUACCUCUGCCCCA